AUCGAUGUUAUAUGUUUGCCGAGAAUAAAGUUUAUACUGGUAAGAAGUAAAUAAUGAUGUUCGUGUUGUGAUUUAAUCAAUGCAAUAUGUUUGCCGAGAAUACAGUUUAUAGUGGUAAGAAACCAACGACGAUGCUGCAUGGUGUUGUGAUUUAAUCGAUGAAAUAUGUUUGCCGAGAAUAAAGUUUAUACUGGUAAGAAGUAAAUAAUGAUGUUCGUGUUGUGAUUUAAUCACUGCAAUAUGUUUGCCGAGAAUACAGUUUAUAGUGGUAAGAAACCAAUAACGAUGUUGGUGUUGUGAUUUAAUCGAUGCAAUAUGUUUGCUGAGAAUACAGUUUACACUAGUAAGAAACCAAUGACGACGUUUGUGUUGUGAUUUAAUCGAUGUUAUUUAUGUUUGCCGAGAAUACAGUUUACACUGGUAAGAAGCCAAUGACGAUGUUGGUGUUGUGAUUUAAUCGACUUAAUAUGUUUGCCGAGAAUACAGUUUAUACUGGUAAGAAACUAUGCUCGUGUUAUGAUUUAACCUAUGAUUUGGCAUUGACACAUACAAAGAACCGGUGCUCGGACGUCGCUUACAGGAAAUUCAUAAGAGUCCUUCCCGUCACAUUACGUGUAACCAAUGCUGCAAAGCAAUGUUGCAGUAUGUGUCUUUCAUAUAGAUCCGGAAACGACAGUAAUAACUGGGAUGCUGCAAACGUUUUUAUCUCUUGGAGCUAAUUUAAGGGUGUGUUGUUUCGUCAAUUCUGUGGAAAGCAGGCGUAAUUCGUGAUUCUUACCUGCCAAAUGAAUGACAGACCAUGAGGUGUGAACACUUUGUAAACUUUAAAGAAAAAUAGACAAAUAUAAACACAUAACCCCUACAGCGUAAUGGUUGAAGUACAACUUAAGAAAAUACAUUAUAACAGGAAUAUAUAUCCUUGAACAGGAAUGACCAGGGUUUUUUUUAUCCGAAAUUACAUUCAGGUCACAUAUUUUUAUUAGUGUAUUUUAUGGAUUUCCGUAAUGUUUUAAGCUUUCCUAUUUGCACAUAUUUUGAUUCGGUGUUCGAAUUGAAAUCAUGCCGUCAACCACACAGCUGAUGUUUGCUUUGGGCGAAGUGAUCAGUGCCACUAACACGGGCUGUACGAACAUUUCUAAGCCCCAUACCAAGGCCGAGAUUGUGACCCAAGUGUUCAGUGGUACACUUAGCAGAUUCAAUCCAACCAAGGACAUCGCGGCUUAUAAGAGCCGCGCGGAACUCGAUCUCGGCACCGUAACAGCCGGAAGUGGGCCAUGCGCUUACGCAAUAGAUUACGAAAUUGAACGCGUGUCGCCCGGGAAGCAGAUGGUCGUUGCCCUAUAUUGGACAAGCGUGGGCAUGGGGUACACGGACGCUGGUUUCGACUACAUUUGGGUUAGUCAGGCGGACAGCGUCCUCAGUGAUGUCAAACUAGAAAGCAAAUACUAGACCUUUAGAGAAGAAUUCUACAGAUCGAAAAGACGAGGCUCGACCAGCUUAUUGCGGAUGAUUUCGUCAACAUGACACAUUUUGAGGACUACUUGCCAUGGUGGCAUUUCAUACACGGAAGACUGUUAUCUCUAUAAAUGUGCAUCGUGCCUUCAAUCAUACAUGCGCUACUUAGAAAGUUACAAUAAGCACAUUUAUUUACUUAGACUUUGAGUAUAGUAUAGUCUUAAUUUGCUAUUUUUCGGCCCAUUGUUGUCUCUUUUGGUCCUGCAAAUUAUUUGAUUAUUUUUUAGCAUUCUAUCGCUCAUUAUAAUGUUCAGAUAUGUGCAUUUUCCCAGCAAAUAAGUGCAUUUUAAUAAGAGGAUAAACAGCAGCAAGAAACUGCCAUGAAAUAGCAUGAUGUAUAAUCUGUGAUGGAUUCGUCCACAUAACACACGCAUCAAAAAUAUGCACACAAAUUAGUUUCUGUCAAUAUGACCAUAUCUUUGUUUUUGUUCUUGUUAUAUAAAUAGUUAAAUACCGUUUAAGUUGUAAUUACCGAAUGUUCAUUUGCUUUAAAUACAAAACUGGUUAGUUUUUUCA